AUGUCGAAAUACACUCGAAAGAAGCCACUGAUUGUUCCUGAAAGCUUAUGUAAACUGAUGAAUACAUACAUUUGCAUACUUGAAACCAUUUCUUUGGUCUUCAAAAAAUUUGUAGUAGUAAAAAGGGAAGAUUGUGAUGACAUCUGCGCAUACAACUCGACAACAGUUUCAGACAAGCUUGUGAAAUCCCCUCUGAAGAAAGUAUUAAAAAACGGACACUGGACUCCUGAGGAGGAUAAAAAGCUCAAGGCUAUAGUAACAAUCUAUGGUCCGAAUAGAUGGGAAAAGAUCUCUACUUACCAUCCUACUCGCAAUGGCAAGCAAAUGCGAACCUGA